ACUGAAAGCCACUAGUGUAAUGGGAAAGAAAGCCUGGAGUGGUGGCUCUGAGGGCGAGUUGUGCCGAAAUAGGGCGUCAGGUUGUCGUGCAUAUUGAAUCCAGAUGAAGCCGGUAUGCGUUGUUCCAAUACAAUCGAUCUCAAUUCCGCGCCGGAGUUUGUCAUGGGGUGAGCAGGAUAAAAUCGCCAUUGCCACAUCUGCGGGAAUUAAAAUUGUUCGACCACUUUAUCGGCCGUUUCUCGGGAAGGCUUUCCGCAUUCGCUGCGAAGAAAGUUUCAUACCAGUUCCCCUACGUGAUCAAGAUGAAAUUCGCAAAAUCUCCGAAGAUGAUCCUCCGUUCGUCUCAACCACGCUUUCCCUGGACCGCGAUGUUACCCCAAGUUUAGCCACCAAUGAGCUCAUGUCUUUUUGUGAGGCCUGUUGGUCUCCCUUAAUUGAUACCGUCCGUAAGGAAUGUUGGCUCGCCACAGUCUUGGUUGAUGGGCGCUGCCUGAUAUACGAAUAUCUUCACGUGACGGGUGAAUACCGACCGAUGCCGUUCAACCUUCCCGAACUUCUCAACGCUCGAAUUAUGUCCUCCGAUUGGCAGGACGUCUUCACAAUAACUAGCGCGUUGUACGCCUGUGGUGGAUUGUCAUCCUUUUCAACCCGUCCAGAAGUUACUGCGCAAUUACUCAAGGCGCAUAGUUCGCAUGUUGUGACGGUUGCUUGGCUUCCGUCUGUGGUCUUCGGAAAAUCUAGUUACGCUGUUCUGAUUGCGGGGUUUCGUAGUGGCCACAUUUGCGCGUUCAAAUUAUUCGUGACCGGUGGGGCCGAAGUUAUAAGCCAUAAGUGGAUCUCCGAUGGAAUCGAAUCCAUAUCUUGUCUCGAUGUUUCAUCGGAAGGGAGUGUCAUUUUCAUCGGAACAAAAAGCGGAGGAUUGGAAGUCAUUUGGCUCAUCAAAGACAGUCUAGAGAAGUCAGAGGUGCUGAAUUGGGAUCAUGCUUUUCUGGAACCUUUACCCGGAUUUGCAUCCUGCAAUCUAGUUGCGCGGAGCAUUUCACCGUCGGUCUGUGAGCUUGUGUUUUCAAAAAACCAGUUCGUGAUUUGCAUCACAGUGGAAAUGAGCUUGGUUGCGAGGAGUGCAAAGAUAAUAAGUGCAUCUAAGAUCAGUUCUGGAUCUUCCCCUGUUUUAAGCCUCACUACCGGAGACAAUACGAUCAUGUGCUCUGAUGAUGGAAGAGUUGCUUCUAUGCAAGUCAUCCGAGGCAAUCGCCAACGACUUCAACAAACUGAAAUUGAUUUGGGAGAGGAUUCUUCGUUGCACGCUGUCACUGGAGUCGGGGUUUCGCGUACGUCUGCGAUUCUGUGUGCUGUGCAGUGUUUGCGUGUUCCUUAUGAUCAUCUGAAGAUGCGUGACGUGACGAGGAUCGUCUUUCUGAGUAACACGGAUGCCAAGCAGUUGAUGGAUAUUUUGCUGGAAGGGGAAAAUGAUUCCCUGGAAGCUAUGGGUGACGUUUUGGAAGCUUUAAGAUUAGCAGUUGCCGACGGAGGGAAAGUGGAUCUGGAUGUUUUGGAUUUUGAGAACAACUUGCGGCAUGCGAAAAUAUACCGAUGGAUUAUGCUUUCCGAAUGCACAGAGACAGGAGGCAUCCAAGAACGAGUGAAGUACGAUGGAUUAGUUUUUCGUCUGGCUUCAAUGGAACUGCUCAAGAAAUUUUCAAGUACGUCCUUGAGUAAAGAAGAAUUAGCCGAAGCUCGGUCGAAAAUCCCCCGAAUUCUCAAGUGGUUGGGCAUUUUGUGCGGGAAAGACAACGCGGACUUCCUGGCUCUUACCAAAUCUUUAUAUUCAAAAAUUCCUAAGGAAGUUCUUCCUGAGUGCGAGUUUUGUCCGGUUUGCGACGCUAAAGUACCGGAUUUGUGCAACGGAAUGUAUAAUGUUUGUCUGGGAAUUUGCGAACGUGGUCAUAAGUUGCCGCGAUCGGCUUUGACUAUGGAAAUUUGCACGGAAUUCCCGCUGCGAAGAUGUGAUAGGUGUCUAGCUUAUGCUGGACCUUCAAAUGCUUGGUUGCGAACCAACAUUUGCAACCUCUGUGAUGGACUCUGGUUGGAAACCUGACUUAAAGAAUGGAAACUAAUAAUCCAAGCGGAGGAUCAUGUGUUGGAAGUUGUAUUGAGAGAAAAGCCGAAGGCAUAUAAAUUAAAUUAUUUAAAAAUUCCGCUGAGAUCAUAUUCCGCGAAUCAUUGGCUAGUACGUGCUUUCUGACUACAUUUAUUUUGUUAUUCUUGAAAACGGACAACUUUUCUUAUUCAGUUUUUGGAUUGACUUCUGCCAUGAACUAUAAUCUAAUUUUGAAAAGGGUGAGCCCCGUUGGCAUACCUCUUGAAGAAAAUGUUUCACGAAGCUUGUUAUUUUGCAUUUUCGUACGUUUUCAUUCAAUUCAGGUCAGAAUUUUGGAAUCGAAGUGUUUUGUUUGUGCAAUUAUAUUUUCGGACAAUGUAGCUUCCUUCAAUGUGUUUUUAGAUAAAACAGUCUGAGUGACGCU